AUGGCAGUUAGCACAGUAUACAAAAUUCAAUCCUUGAAUUCAACUUGUUCAAUCUCUACAUCAACAAAAACCAACUUAGGAUUUCACCAAAAACAAGUUAUUUUCUACACAACAAGUACCAAAAAGUACUCUACAAGAAAAUUCAACACUUUUAUAACAUGCUCAUCAGCUGAUGAAACCAAGACUGUAGUCAUUGGUUUAGCAGCUGAUUCUGGCUGUGGUAAAAGUACAUUUAUGAGAAGAUUAACAAGUGUUUUUGGAGGAGCAGCUGAACCACCAAAAGGUGGAAAUCCAGAUUCAAACACAUUAAUUUCUGAUAUGACAACUGUGAUUUGUUUAGAUGAUUAUCACUCACUUGAUAGAACUGGAAGAAAGGAGAGAGGUGUCACUGCUCUUGAUCCUAAAGCUAAUGAUUUUGAUCUUAUGUAUGAACAAGUUAAGGCUUUAAAGAGUGGAAUUGCUGUGGAAAAACCUAUUUAUAAUCAUGUUAGUGGUCUUCUUGAUCCUCCAGAGCUCAUUAAACCACCAAAGAUUCUUGUCAUUGAAGGAUUACACCCCAUGUAA